CCCAUCGGACGCUGGACCUCAGGCAGAUCAGCUCCAGCAGAGAGUCGCCCAGACCCCGCACCUGCCUCUUGAUGUCGUGCCUGGAACACCUCUGUUUGGGCCCCCAGCGCCUCCUGCGGGGCGGAAAGCGGCGUUUCCAGGGUCUGGCCGGCAGAACCACCGCCAACACGCCCGCCCUGUGCGCAAACGUCCUCACCCCAAACAGCAUCCCUGAGUUCUGCAUACCCCCGAGACUAGUGCCCCGCCCCGCCCUAGCUGCAGUCCCAAAAUCCUGGGUGAAAAAAGCAGGGACGGACAACGGUGCCGGACACACGGACUGGGACCCGCGGUCCCAAGCUGCGCUCUCACUGCCUCACCUGCCCCGUACGCGCACCGCCUACGGCUUCUGCGCGCUGCUCGAGAGCCCGCACACCCGCCGCAAGGAGUCGCUCUUCCUCGGGGACCCCGGAGCAGCCGCGCUCCACCUGCAGCCCGCCGCCCCGCCCGCUCUCCGCCCCCGGGCCCCCACCUACCACGGCGAGGGAGGAGGAGACGCCCCCCUCCAGACCCCUGGUAGAGCCCCAGACACCAUCCCCACGGCUCCCCGCUGUCCCCGCGCGCCCCACAAUACACGCGCUCUACGUCCCCGGGGCCACCACCUCCUGGGCGCCUCCGAAAGGCUGCUGAACCGCGCGCUGAAGACCUCGGGGAGUCACGACCUAGCCUGCGCCCGCUCUGUGUCCAGCGGGGUCGAGGCUGAGAAUAAGGAAUGCGGGGCUGACUCGGGGUCGUCGGCCCGGACCCUCUCCGCGGUCCCUCCGUUGUCCCCUGGCCCGCGGCCAGAGUGCCUAGAAGCCGAGGAUAUCGUGGCUCUGGGUCGCACCGGCGGCGCCCUGCGCCUGGCUGCCAAGUACAGUCCGGCCGGCCGGCACCUCCGCCUUCCCCGGCUCCGCCCCGAGGGCCCGACGCGAGGAGCCGCCGAGCCCCUCGCAGUCCGCAGCCUGGUCCCGCAGCCACCCGGCAAGACACGCCAGCAGCGCAGCACCGUGAUGCCCGGGAGCCGCAAGGCGGUCUUCGGCCAGGACUUCCGCUUCGAUGGACUCUCGGAGGACGAAGUACGCCACCUGGCCGUUCGUGUGCAGGCUGAGAAGAAGGGCCGUGGCCAGAGAGAGCUGCUGCUGGGCUCCCUCCUGCUGCCCUGA